AGCCGGUAAGUUUGUUGCGGGUAAAACUGCUGUGAGUGUCCCAUACGGGGGCCUGAUGGCCAGAAUCAGCAUAGCCCCGUUGCCGACCAGCCCUCGAAAAAACACCCCUUGAAGGGUUACCUCUGAAGACCUUGCGCAUGGAUGUGCGGGCUCUGUUCAGCGAGGUGAAUACGUUAAUGUGCUUAUUAAGCUCUUUCAUAAAGGCCCCACCAAAAAGUUUACCCUGUGCCUGUGGGCUCAAUUCUUUUACCCCCAGAUCGGCCAGUUUGGGGUCUAUGCGAAAGAGUGCCGCGUGGCACCACUCUGUUUAGAGGGCCCCAUUGGUAUUCCCAAGAAAGCAGAAACCCUCUGGGUCCAUUCUCUGAUAUCAUGUGCCCAUUCAUGCAUCAAGUCCACAGUAAAUGAGUCUGUUCUGACGUAAGCGUCAUCUGCCAGGUACAUCACAUGGGCCAGUGGCCCCAUCACGUCCAGGAGCUUGUCUUGCGCCCCUUAAGGACACAUGACAUGUGUGACAUGUCAUGAUUCCCUUUUAUACCAGAAGUUUGGUCCUUAAGGGUUAAAGCUUCUCUCGACCCCUCUGCGCGGGUCACAACCCCGUCGCUCCAUAAAGGCCAGCAUGAUUUGGUCGAACUCUGGCGUGAAAGCCACCUUGGCUGGUAGGGAUGGUCUGGGGCACUCCACCCUCAUCCAUUUGCGGACGUGUUUCUCCAGGGGCUUGCGGAUCCAAAAGUGCAUAAACCUGAGGAGGUGCUCAGACGGGUACCGGAGCGGGGGUGCUGUAUUUUCCUGGAGUCAAACAUCCUCUGCCCCAUGGCGUCCAGGAAUAUCUCCUGUUCCUGCGUAGCAGCUGUAGCGGAUGACUCUGCAUCUCCUUUACACUGGCGCUCACCCAGGAAGGUCUCCCUGACGUAGGCGUUGGAGCCCCAAUUGCCUUCAUCAGAGUCUGAGACCGCUGCCUACCACUUGUCCAGGAUGGAGAGGGAGUGGGGCAUAUCUUUGUCCUCAUCCGAGGAAAUCUCUAGAGUGUAUUUGGGGACCGUGGUCACAGGGCGCUUACUAUGCUUCAGAGGCGCCUUGCCUUUGUUGGCGGCCUUUUUGGACUCCUCGCCCUUCCAGUGGCAUUUCGCUGGGCGUUGUCUCUCCUUAGAGGAGUCAUCUGACUCAUCAGAGUCCUCCCUGGUAUCGGAAUGUUUGCCAACCGGCUUGUUAGUUUCAGAGGCCGUUGGUAACACCUUCGCCAUCGCCUUCUCCAACGACGCAGCCACGCUGCGUUGAUCAUGGCCUGAAGGUCAAUCUGGUUCUGUGUGUCCUCCAUAAUUCGGGCACUAAAAGGCACAGGUAUGAGUGGUGGAGGGACCGUGUGGGAGGGACUUAGACAGGCCUUAGGCCGUAUAAUGCUUGUCGGCCAGUGGCGUGGAAAGCAGACUCUGUAACACUGGGGCUCACCCAGGAGAUCAGAACUAGUUCAACAGAUUCCAUUAGGCAGCACUCAGGGAAUUACCCAAAUGGUGGCUCACCCCUUGCCAGACUACUAGGGUAUACCUAACUGACAGUCCCACUUCCCAGGGGUAACACCAACCUCUACAGGUCCCAAUAGGAAAAACUGGAAAUUCACCUCUGGAAUUGGGUUGAAAAACCGUCAAAACGAGAGCCUUGUAUUGCUGAGAGUGAUACUCCACCAAAACUAUACCAACAAAAUGGCCGCCAUGGGUCUCACGAGAGACCCGGGCUAGCUGACAGGAAAAAGCCCGCGAAAGGCGUUCACGGGCAAAGUGAAGAAAGACAGGGAUUGAUUGAAGCAUUCGGCAGAAAGUUAACGAACGGCCCUUCAUUUUGACAAACUGCCGAAUGCCCACCAUGUUGAAGAGUCCACGAACAGAAGACUUAUUAUUAUUAUUAUUGCCAUUUAUAUAGCGCCAACAGAUUCCGUAGCGCUUUACAAUAUUAUGAGAGGGGAUUUAACUAUAGAUAGGACAAUUACAAAUAAACUUACAGGAACAAUAGGUUGAAGAGGACCCUGCUCAAUCGAGCUUACAUUCUAUAGGAGGUGGGGUGUUAAACACAUUAGGACAGGAAUUUGCAAUCAAAUAAGGUGGGCUGCCCUUUAGGAGAGGGCAAGAGAUGGGUAUGUGAGGUAGGGGUUAGUCUUGGAGGCCAUAAGCUUUCCUAAAGAGAUGGGUUUUAAGGCACUUCUUAAAAGAUGCAAGACUAGGGGAGAGUCGGAUGGCGGUAGGCAGGCUAUUCCAUAGGAAGGGAGCCGCCCGCGAGAAGUCCUGCAAGUGCGAGUUGGCCGUACGGGUGCGGACAACGGACAGGAGGUGGUCACGGGCAGAGCGGAGAGACCGAGAAGGGACAUACCUGUGGAUCUGUGAGGAGAUAUAAGAGGGGCUAGAGUUGUUCAGUGCUUUAUAGGUGUGAGUUAGUGUGAGGUGUUAGGUGUGAGUUUUAAGGCACUUCUUAAAAGAUGCAAGACUAGGGGAGAGUCGGAUGGCGGUAGGCAGGCUAUUCCAUAGGAAGGGAGCCGCCCGCGAGAAGUCCUGCAAGCGCGAGUUGGCCGUACGGGUGCGGACAACGGACAGGAGGUGGUCACGGGCAGAGCGGAGAGACCGAGAAGGGACAUACCUGUGGAUCUGUGAGGAGAUAUAAGAGGGGCUAGAGUUGUUCAGUGCUUUAUAGGUGUGAGUUAGUGUGAGGUGUUAGGUGUGAGUUUUAAGGCACUUCUUAAAAGAUGCAAGACUAGGGGAGAGUCGGAUGGCGGUAGGCAGGCUAUUCCAUAGGAAGGGAGCCGCCCGCGAGAAGUCCUGCAAGCGCGAGUUGGCCGUACGGGUGCGGACAACGGACAGGAGGUGGUCACGGGCAGAGCGGAGAGGCCGAAAAGGGACAUACCUGUGGAUCAGUGAGGAGAUAUAAGAGGGGCUAGAGUUGUUCAGUGCUUUAUAGGUGUGAGUUAGUGCCUUGAAUUGACUCCUAUAGCACACAGGAAGCCAAUGUAAGGACUGGCAGAGGGGUGAGGUGUGAGAACCGACUAGAGAGGAAAAUCAGUCUAGCAGCAGCAUUCAUUACAGACUGUAGGGGUGAAGUACGGCUUUUGGGAAGACCAAGCAGGAGAGGGUUACAAUAAUCCAUGCGUGAAAUUAUUAGAGCAUGGACAAGCUCCUUGGUAGUAUCUGGUGCAAGAAAGGGGCGGAUGCGGGCUAUGUUUUUAAGAUGGAAUCUACAGGAUUUGGCAACAUGCUGAAUGUGAGGCUCAAAGGUGAGACCAGAGUCAAGUAUGACGCCAAGACAGUGCGCUUGCAAGGAUGGGCUGAUGUUGGUACCACAAACUUGAAGGGAGAGUGAAAGAGGAGGAUCAGUAUUAGGAGGAGGAAAGACAAGGAGCUCAGUUUUUGAGAGAUUGAGUUUCAGAAAGCGGGAGGACAUCCAGUCAGAGAUGGAAGAAAGGCAAGCAGUGACACGUUGCAGGACAGCAGGGGAGAGGUCCGGGGAGGAGAGAUAUAACUGGGUGUCAUCAGCGUACAGGUGGUAGUGGAAUCCAAAUGAGGUAAUAAGUUUGCCAAGAGAGGCAGUAUAAAGAGAAAAUAGAAGGGGACCAAGGAUGGAGCCUUGGGGGACUCCAACCGAGACAGGGCGAGGGGAGGAGGUAUCAUUAGAAAAAGAGACACUGAAUGAGCGUUGGGAGAGAUAAGAGGAAAACCACGAGAGGACAGAGUCACAGAGGCCAAGCGAUUGCAGAGUUUGAAGAAGGAGAGCCUGAUCAAUGGUGUCAAAGGCCACCGAGAGGUCAAGAAGAAUUAGCAUGGAGUAGUGGCCUUUGGAUUUAGCUGCGAUUAGGUCGUUAGUAACUUUGAUAAGGGCAGUCUCUGUAGAGUGGAGAGGGUGGAAGCCAGAUUGAAGGGGGUCAAGGAGAGAGUUGGAAUUGAGGAAAUGAGACACACGAGUAAAGACAAGUCCAGAAGCUUUGAGGAAAAAGGGAGCAGGGAUAUGGGACGGUAGUUAGAGGGGGUGGAUGGGUCAAGGGAUGUUUUUUUAGUAUAGGUACUACAGUGGCAUGUUUAAGGUCAGCAGGGACGAUGCCAGAAGAGAGCGAGCAGUUGAAGAUGUGUGUUAGAGAAGGCACGAGACAAGUGGAGAGAGAUCUGAUAAGGUGAGAUGGGACAGGAUCGAGCGGACAAGUGGUGGGGCGAGAGGAGCAAAGAAGAGCAGCCACCUCUUUGUCAGUGGCUGGGGAGAAUGUCUGAAGGGUAGGAAAGGCAUGAUCAAUGUGUGAUUGAGAAACAGAAAGGCAAGGAGGGGAGAAUUCUUUCCUUAGCUGUUCAAUUUUGUCAGUGAAGUAACAUGCAAAGUUAUCAGCAGUAAGGUUCGUUUGGGGGGUGGCCACAGCGGGGCGAAGAAGAGAAUUAAAAAGGUGUCAAAGAGACGCCUGGGGUUGCGGAAACAUGAACUAAUGAGAGAGGAAAAAUAGGACUUACAGUGGAAUUGACCGUUUGUGCAAAUUUAGAUGAAUGGUAAGCCUGUUUGCUGACCCGUUCGUGCAGAGAGGCACAAAACAGUGAGUGGCCACUCUGUUCGCCCAAUUAUAGUGCGAACAGGCGGAAGAAGACGAACGCACGUUCUGCGCCCGUUCGUGUCGAAACGCACGAACACAGUUGGCAGCCCACUCUGUUCGCACAGAAUACAGUGUGAACAGCACAGGAAAGGAAGGUGAGAGUGGUUUUCUUUUCUCUCUUUAUUUCAAUAUCCUGCAAGUUAUACUGUUAAGCUUAAGCACACUGGACAAACUGUAGGAGGAAGCGGCAUCUCUAAUACCAGGGGCAUCUAGCCAAUACAGUGGCGCAGAACCGGAGAUUCUACUGUUUGUAGGCCUGUGGAGCAACAGAAACUAGCUCUCUUGAGAACCAGGAUAUCUACCAGUUUCAGCUAUAGUCAUAUUCCUCCUCUCAUACUGUAUUUUCUGAAGAAAACCAAAAAGGGGUGACCAAAAAGGGGUGUGGGGGGAGUAUAGCAGUGCUGUAAUUAAACAUAUAUGUUGCUGUAACUCAUCAGCGUGUAAUAUGCAAUUGCCAUACUAUAUAAGAUGUGAUACUGAUGAAUUUUCUGAACCACAAAUGUAGUAUGAAUUCAAUGAAUGCUGUAUUAUGUACCUCUCCACACAGAGGUACCUGGCUGCCUAUUCUUAAGUAAAGAAUCUAAAAGAAAAAGUAAUUGCUGAAAACAGAGGGAGUGAGUGCAAGAGGGAUGGUGAGGAGGUCAAGCUGCCCUUGCAGGCACAUACAGACUCCUGCAACCAUGACCACUUCUAAAAGCAAAGGUGGUUGGAGUAACCCUUUAAUCUUAUCAUUAUCCAUAGUUUAAACUGUUAAGGACAACCUCUAAAUGGAAUCUAUGCAUUCAUAAAAAAUGUGAAAGCUGCUUACUCUGUACUAGCACAAGAUCGCCGUUAAACCAGGCAGUGGCGCUGCAGUCAAAGCUAGACAACUAGCAAUUAGGAAACGCUGCCAAUUCUGACUCUAUGGUGAAGAUGCAUUAUAAUGUGACAACUUCGACUGUGCGACAGCCCAGAGCAACACAUUUUCCUCUGUGUCUCCCUUGUAGCAGCCAUUUUGUUGGGGCCAGUUUACAUAAACCUCAACGUGUCGUGGGCUCUGGACAAAUGGCUGCUCCAAUGUAUUUGUUUCUAUCUUUAUAAGACACUCUGCGCAGGGUGAUGACGUUGUCGCCACUCCACGUUUUCUUAAGUAAAGAGCUGUCUGCUUCUGAGUUCAGUUACCGGUGCGAAUAUUACAACUUGUGAAGGAGAAGAAGAUGACAGAUGAAAGUAUGUGGGUUUAAUACUAUACACUGUGCUAAUAAUAAUAAUAAUAUUAUAGGAAGGUGUUACUAACUUCCCUGGACACACUCGGGGUUCACUUCCAAAGUCCCUUCCAGAGUAAAGCUACUCUUUGGCAAUUGAAUGGGAACUUCAAAAAAAAUGAUAAUGGCAAAAUAGUGUUUUAACAGAAAUAAACAAGUAGAUAGUGAAAGAAUGCUUACUCAAUUUUGCGAUCUAACUAUAUUUUAUUGCAUAUAAAACCCGAUUAAUACUCAUUAGUUAAGUGUCUGGAACUAUCACAGAAGUGAUAAUUGUGUGGUAGAUAACUAUGUAGAGUAUUCAUAUAGGAUGCAGUAUUUUAUACAUGAAUUAUAAUUGAGUCUGUGAUGCCUUGUAUUGUAGUUCUGUUUUUAGGGAGUUAUUCGCUUGUUUUUAUAUAUAUUUUUAGUAAAUUGUGUGAAGAAUGGCAUUACUAUUUGUUAAUUUAAACUUGUAAAAAUAAUAUUUUAUUGUCAAACUAGCAUUUGUGGACACUUUUUGGUUUGUGUUUUUUUUUUUUUUCUCAUCAGAAACUUUUUUUUUAAUUUUGUAAUUUUUUUUUUUUUUUACAUAUUCUUCUUACAGCUGUGAAGGAAGAUAUAGGCAGGCUUCUUAUUCAGUUUAAGAAUGAAAACGGAGAUGUGUUGGGAACCCCCUUUGAUGUACCUGUGGAUAUUACACCUGAUAAGCUUCAGCUUGUCUGCAAUGUUCUUUUACAGGAGGUAAUUAUCUUUGCUUUGGAUUCAAAUGUUUAUUUUAAGAUAUUGUGUACUUUUUAAUGUAAUUAUUUUUGAACUCUCUCACUACUGAAAUAUUUUAGUUUAAUUUGAUUGUCACAUAUGAUUAUGGUUUGUUCCCUUUUUUUUUUUUUUUUUAAUUCUUUAAAGGGUUAGUCCAGCCUCCAUGACCACUUCUGCUUUUAAAAGGAGUCAUGGAUGAAGGAAUUUGUAUUGAUUUCUGUACUUUUGGGCCAGAAGCUAGUUAACCUCCUCGUCACACGUGACUUGGGCAAACUGCUUAAUGUCAAUUCUGUGCAAAAAUCAUGUUUGUAUUCGGGUAACACUGCUUCUAUAUUUGAAGGCAAUGUUGGAAGGGCAUCUGCAAGGGGAAGCUUAUAUAUCUCUUCCAUCCAUCAUUUCAGCCCUUCCCGUCUGCCUGUAUUGCUUGAUAUGCGUCCAGCACUGGAUUCAAGUUCUCUUUGGUUUUUUUACUUAAUUUACUGGGUGUUUGGGUUAAAAAAGGAUGUUGCACAAAGUUAGUAAUGCUCAUUAGGGCAUUAGAACUUUAACAUAAAAAGGAGUUAGAGUAACCCUUGAAUUCCUUUUUACACAGCUAGUUAUAUAAACUUUUUGGAGCAAAUUCAGGAUGUUUUUUAUUUUAUUUACUUUUUUUUUUUUUCUUUACUCAGGACGAACCACCGCCUUUGGCUUUCUUUGUAGAUGAACAGGAGAUCAUAACUUCACUUGAUAAAACCCUUGAGAAGCGGAGUGUGGAAACAGAGAAGGUGUUGGAUAUAAUCUACCAACCACAAGCUGUCUUUAAGGUCCGCGCUGUGACACGUUGCACAAGUUCUUUGGAGGGACACACAGAGGCCGUAAUUUCUGUAGCUUUUAGUCCAACCGGAAAGUAAGUAUUAAUGUAGUCAACAUGAAUGCACCACUUUCUUAUCAAAUCAUAUUUUGCUCCAGCCAGUACAUUCUCUGAGAUAUAGCACAAUGUGUAGGAAAGAAAUGCAAUGCUGUAUUGAUUGUUUUACAGAUACCUGGCCAGUGGAUCAGGUGACACUACAGUUCGCUUCUGGGAUCUAAAUACGGAGACUCCUCAUUUUACUGCUAAAGGUAAGUAAGUCCCUUCUAUGUCAUCAGAUGUUUUCACAUUUAAGGGGUUAUACACUUGGCUUUUGUAAUGGCGUUUCAGAGUUUUAGAAGGGGGCCAUCUCACCACUAGAUUAGAAGGGAAGGCCUAGCAAUGUACUCUGUUAAAAGGACACUAUAGUAAUCAAAACAACUUUAGCUUAAUGAAGCUACAUUUCCUUUAUUGCAGUUAUCUCAUGUCCUGCACUGUUAGAGCAUGCAGGCGCCUCCCGUGUGUAAUUAAAGUUCCUUUUACAGAGCAGGAGAUAAAAACAGACAUCUGAUUGAAAAUAAAACCUUUUUUUUUUUUUUUUCAUGCAGGCUUUGUGAGUCACAACCAAGGGAGGUGUGGCUAGGACUACAUAAACAAAAGUCCUUUAACUCCUAAACUGAGCAGUGAGACUUCAGAAGCAUGAUCUAUACACAAAAACUGCUUAAUCUAAAGUUGUUUUGGUGACACUGGUGUCCCUUUAAAUGUGUUUAUGUAUAAUGCUGGUGCGUUCCUUUAGAACAUUGACAUAUUUAGAUCCUGUCCCUGCUUACUGUCAUGUAUUUUCUUGUCUUUUAGUGAGACCAGGUGAGAAGGAACUGUAUACUCAAAAUUUUAGUUUUUCUUUUUGAAAACGGUUCAGCAUAGAUACAACAUACACAUAUAGAACUAUCAUUUGAACCACUAAUGGAGCAUACUAAAAAAGCAGGGAUCAACCACUAAUGCAAGAGGUUGUGUAGGACAGAUCUGAAGUAACUCUUCAAGGAGCAUUGCACUGCCCAAAGGGCAAAAAUAAAAAUACAUGAAAUCACUGUUUAGUGGAUAUAUUACAAUGAAUACAUGCUUGUUUUUUUUUUUUUUUUCAUGCCUUCAUUUGGGUUAUAUGUUAAGAGCUUGUAAAGGCUUGCAGAUCUUAUGAACUGCAGCCUUGGCAAGCCUUCCACUUUUUUCAUGGAAGAGACUUUCAGUCUUUUUACAGGGAAGUAACCAAUCAGAGGGUUCCCAUUGAGAAGCCUCUGAAUUGGUGCAUGCGCGCAACAUUGCAUAAACACACACAGGCUCGUGCACAUGCCCAAGUCUAUUCUGACAUCAGGUCUGAGGUCUGUGUGGUAAGAGGCAGGGCUCAAGCAGAGCGUGCCUGCCACCUCGUUAGCUUAGGGUAGCUAACGGAAGGAAGCUGCGAUCCUCCCUGGCUGUUUCUCAUAGAAAUUGGCACUUUUGUAAACUAAGCUUAAACUAGGAUACUUUUCACCCAUAAAGCACUUCAGUGGAGUUAUUCUUUAAGGUUAAAUUUAAUUUACAUGAUGCGAUUUUGCAUCAUACAGUGAGGUUUGUGGUAUAAAUUAAUACAUAAAAUUAAAAAAUAGUACAACUAAUGACUGUUAAACCAAGUUUUGUUGGUUUAUUUAUUUAUUUUUUCAUUUACAAUUUGUGAAGAAAGAAAAAUCUUUAAGUUCUGUAAUUGCGUUGCCUUCUCAGGUGGAUAUCCCAUUUGUUUUUGCAAGUCAGUACAACUGUUAAUUCUUUAGGCCUGUAAAUGCUGUCCCAUGCCAUAUACUGUCACCAUCCAUGAUUAACAAAGAAAUAUACAAGCCGGUUUUGAAUCAAAACCUAAUUGAAAGGAAAAGUAACUAAUGUUAUGAAAGGUUCGUUAAGAAGGAAAUGGAGAGCCUAGCUUCCAUUUAAGUCUUUUUGCUUUUCUUUUUUUUUUGAGGUGAGUGCUUUUCGGGUGCAACAGGGCAUGUCAGUGCUCAUGGGAUGGAUCUAAGCUUAUAGUUGCGGGUCUGAGGCUAGGUGCGGAGCUAAGAUGGUUUUUGUUGUAGGUCAGUUGUGUCGUUAGCUCAGGUCCCUGCUCCUAAUAAACAAUACCUUGUAAAAUCUUCAAGAAGGUGUGUCGCUGUUGAGGGGUGGUGUCUGUCUGUGAUUAUGUGACAGGAGGGUCAAGAGUGUAUUUACGUUCAUUUCGGCUACACUCCUGUGUCUGCGUGUUUCACUAGAACGUUUAUGUAUCGUUUUGCUAUUUGUGCUCCUAACCAAGGGGGCGGCGGAGGGGACGGGGGUUGGUAGAACGUCUCGUAAUGCUGUCUGAGGCGGGUCUGGGUGCCCUUAAGGGGGGGGUCCCUGUUUAGAAGGCCCUGUCGUACAUGUCGGGGAUGGUAGGUGUUCUGAGAUAUUCAACUUAUAUACAUAUAAACCAACAUUCGCAUUGCUAUUAUCUGGGUGGGCCGAAUACUUAUAGUCUUUUUGUAGUGUCCUUGGUGUUGUUUGUCUUUUUGCUUUUCUAUUUAAGAAUCAUACUUGUUCCAGAUUUUGAUGCCUGUUGUGAAGGACUAAUUAAUAAAUACAGUUCCGUAUUAAAAUGUUUUCAACUGGAUGACUUGUGUAUAUACCCCAGUUGUUUUACAAAAAUUAUAUUCUUGCAUGAAAUAUUUUCUCAUUUUAUACUUGUUGCAUAACAUCUUUUUUUAAACUUUGUUAAACAGUGUACUUACUUAAUAUUUAUUUGUUGCUUCAAUUUUAGGUCAUACACACUGGGUGCUUAGUAUAGCUUGGUCUCCCGAUGGGAAGAAACUUGCGUCAGGCUGUAAAAACAGUCAGGUACAUGCGUGUUAAACCUCAAAAUAGUAUAUGUCUAAAACAUAUGCAGUACAUUUUAUUCUGUUAUGGUCUAUGAAUGUUUUACAAUUAAUAUUUUCACCAAUAUUUAUUUAAUCUUUUUGUUAUGUUUUCAGAUUUGUAUAUGGGAUCCUAACACAGGCAAGCAGAUUGGAAAAACAUUAACCGGACACACAAAAUGGAUAACCUGGUUGUGCUGGGAACCUCUCCAUUUGUAAGUAGCCUUUAUUUCCUUAGUGACAGUCAUAACUUUGUAUCCUGUAGAAAUAAAAAAAAAUCAUACGUUAUUCAGGGUUGCGGACAGCCAGACCUUGAUUUAAAGGACCACUAUAGGCUCAAUGAAGUGGUCUGGGUGCCAGGUCCCCCUAGUUUUAACCCUGCAGCUGAAAACAUGCUAUGUUUACACUGCAUGGUUAAUGCAGCCUCCCUGACAGCCACUAGAGGCACUUGCGCGAUUUACUCUGAAUAAAUUGCACUUAUUUGACGCUGGACGUCCUCAAGGACCUCCAGCGUCAAAAAAGAUCUCCAUAGGAGUAAUGCUUUCCUAUGGGCGGGUUUAGGCCGCGCACGCACAUUCGGCUCCACUCGGGAGCUGAUGUCGAUGGAGGAGAGGUCACCAGUGCCAAGGGAGCCUGGCUCUGGAUUAGGGAAAGCAAAUAAAUGGUUAAUCAUGGUUUAGGUGACAAAGGCUUUAUAGCGUUAAGAAUACAUAUUUGUAUUCCUAUCGCUAUAGUGUUCCUUUAAGUAACUUGAUCAUGUUAUUUGUGGGAAGGGAAUUUUUUUUUAAGUAGACUUAGCAUGGUGAUAGUCCUCCCACUUUAUUUUUGUUUUAUGUCCUAAACAAUUAAAAACUUAUAGUUGCUCAACAUCCUGUUUGCAUAAUUUCAACCUUAACUAAUUUACUUAGAAUCUAGAAGUCUGAAAAAUAAUUAAGUGAUAAUACGCAAGAACUUAACUUGCUAUACUUUGAAACGGUUACUUAAGGGACUCUAUAAGCACGAAAACAACUUUAGUUUGAGUGGUUUUUUUGUAUAUAGAUCAUGCCCCGUGCAGUCUAACUCAAUGUUGCUUGUAUUGCAAAAGUUGACUUUGAUUUCAAAGGUGCUCUCUACCUGUGACAUCGGUUAUGCCAUCUGACCUGUAAAAGAAAUCACAUAAGUGCUUCUGUCUUUGUUUAUCAGUUUUCCUUGUUUUUUUGGUACAGCUUUUGAUAAGAAUGAUUUAAUAAACUGUGGCUGCUUCCAUAACCCUCCUUUCCAUUGUACUCCAUGAAUCUGCCACUGGGCUAGUCUCAAACUGUCGGUCUUUUGGUUUUAGGAACCCUGAAUGCAGAUUUCUUGCUAGUGCCUCCAAAGAUUGCAGUAUUCGAAUCUGGGAUACUAUAUUGGGCAAGUGUCAGAAGAUCCUUACUAGCCACACACACUCCGUCACUGGAGUAAAAUGGGGUGGAGAUGGCCUACUUUUUUCUUCCUCCCAGGACAGGACAAUAAAAGUUUGGAGGGCAGAUGAUGUAAGUUCAGAAAACUAUUGUUUCCAUUUUGAAUACAGUAAUUCAGUUAAGUGUAUAUUUUAAUUUGACUUCUUCUGAUUUAAUAUUCUCUGUAGCACUUUAGUGCUCUUGGCACCAUAAUCCUGACAGCGGACUGCAGUUAUGAUGCUUGGAGUGUUCCUUUUAAAAAUACUGUAAAUCAAAUACAUAUAUGUGUGUAUAUACACUCAGUGGUGUAUUUACCGCAAGGCUGACAAGGCAUUUGCCUUGGGUGGCACUUGCAUGGGGGUUGCAAAAAAAAGCGGCUCCCCCUUUCCCAAACGCCCUGGCAAAUGCCUUGCCAGCCUCUUGCAGUGGGGUACCAGAGCUGGCUGGCUGGCCACCCAGAGGCUGGCAUCUACCUUAGUUAGGCUGGCAGCGAGUGAGCACUGUCUCCUGAGCUCUCCCUGCUCAGCUCCCUCGCGCGCACUGCAUUGAUGCCGGAGCCGGAAUAUGACGUUGCUCCAGCAUCACGGAGAGGCACAUGAAGGAGCUGAGCAGGAAGAUCUGAGCUCCCUCGCCUCCCAUCUGAACUCUGCUCCUGUCUCCGCGACUGCAUGCCAGCCCAGCCAGCAGCAGCCCCAAUGAACCACAGGAAAAAAUGCAAAAUGUAAGCAAAAAAAAAUUGUGAGUGUGUUAGUGUGUUUGUCAGUGAGUAUAUUUGUGUCGUGAGUGUGUAUGUGUGUGUUGGUUAAACAGUGUGUGUGACUGACUGUGUAUGUCAGUGCAUGUAUCAGUUAGGGUGCGUUCUUGUCAUGAAGAGAAAUUUGGAAUGGGGGUGUCUGGGCAGUGCAAAACUGGUUAAUAAUACUAUUUGUCUUCCAGGGAGUCCUUUGUCGUACAUUACAAGGUCAUGCCCACUGGGUUAAUACUAUGGCUCUUAGCACAGACUAUGUGCUACGGACAGGGGCCUUUGAACCAGCAGAAGCUUCCAUCAACCCACAGGAUAUGAGUGGAUCACGUAGGUGCUUUUAAUAUUAUUCUGAUUCAUCCCGUUUAACCCCUUAAGGACCAAACUUCUGGAAUAAAAGGGAAUCAUGACAUGUCACAUGUCGUGUCCUUAAGGGGUUAAAAUAUGAGGGAUAUAAAAAAGACUUUGUUCCUUAGCGUAUUGUCAUUUAUUUACCAUAUAUUUUAGGUUUUUGGGGGCAUUUUACUUCUAUGACCAAUGGUUAAACAAAUCUCUACUCCUUCAAAGCUUCUUGGUUUUUUUUUUUUUGCUUGUUUUUUUUUGGCCAUCUUAUUAUAUUGUAUGAUCUGUCUUUAUUGCUUAGCACUGUGACAGACUCUGUUAGUAUAAGUUUUUGACAGAUACAGAAUUUGACUCACUUUGCUUUUAAUAAAAAUGUAAAUUAUUGGACUUUAAAGGUUUAUUCAAAAUUAGGUUAUAGAAUAUAUAUGUGAAUUAUCAUCGAUUUAUAAAUAAAGAAGUCUACUGAAUGACCAUAAUAAAUGUAGUAUGUUGCAAACAACAACAACAUGAUCUGCAUGGGGUACAGCAUCAGUUAAGAUUAGAAUCCGACUGAAUUCUACUGGCAGUGAUAUUGGGCCCCCUUCUCCACCAAUAUUAAGGGUAUAAACCCUGAAAGUACAGUGGUGCUACAUAAUAAAGAUGCAUUGGGUGAUUAAUAGACUAAUAUUUUUUGCACUUCUAACAGCUACUGAUUGAGGCCCAGGUAUGUCUCUAAUGGUGGUAAUCAGCAGUGCUUGGGAGUUUUGAUAGUCAAAACAUUUAGCUUCUUGCUUAUAAGUGACCUUGUUACAUGAACAAUAUUUUCCCUUCUAUAAUAUUUAACUGACUCUUGGCUUUAUCAUAUAGUUUGUUUUUAUAUUUGUACAUUUUUAUUUAUUUAUCUUAAUGAGGGUCAUUUUCCUUUUCCUAACCUAGUGGAGGUCCUGAAAGAGAAGGCUUUGAAGCGAUACAAUCAAGUUCGGGUAUGAUUAUAUAUAUAUAUUUUAUUUAUUUUUUGUAUUUUUUUUUUUUUUAAAUGAAGUUUAAAUGUUUUUUUUUUUUAUAUAUAUAAUUUUUUUUUUUUUAAUUUUUUUUUGUAUAACCCUUUCAAACCUUAGGGACCAAGGCUAUAUUGAGAUACAACACAUUUGUGACCAAGGCCUUUUUGGCACGUUUGCCUUGUGUUCAUUCUACCACAAUUUCACCUGUUCUGUUUAUUGUAUAUGUAUUGUAUAUCGUUUUUUUGUUGGGUUGUUUUUUGUUUUUGUUUUUUUUUGUAGUUUUAAGAACUAGAGCUUUCUUUUGAUAACACCAUAUUAAAUAGGAAUACUAUAUUAACAACGUUAAAUACAUUUUCCUCAGUUUUACAUUUAAGAACUACAACUCCCUAAGAGCAACUAUAGAAAAAUAACUGAAAAUAGAUUCACUAAUUAGUCUUUAUUGUUAAAAUGCCCAAUAUUUUAGGAUUUCUAUUCAUUUUUAGAAGUUGUAAAAUAUUGUUAGGAGUGUAUUUAGUUUUUAAAGCUAAAACUUUGCAAAAUUUGUUAUGUUGAGGGUAGAACUUUUUUAUAGUAGUCUCAGAAUCUGAAAUCACUACACAAAAGUAUAUAUUUAUAGAGUACAUCAUCCAAGAGCAUUUUGACACUCUCCACUUAACCAUGUUAAAACAAACUAUAAUAUAUAUAUAUAUAUAUAUAUAUAUAUAUUAUAGUGUGUCCCACUAAUGCAUUCUUCUACUGUUCUCAAUUACAAUGAUACCCCACAUAUAUAAUUUCCCCCUAAUCCUAAUUCUGCCCAUAAUACCACCUCAGAGGGAUUCCCUCUACUGACAUUAGUAGACUGAUUUCAAAGCUCAGAGUGCUCUAUGAUCGCUCUGUACUGUGUGAUUUCACCAUGAGGGUUCACUCUUAUGCUGCAGCUCCAGAAUCUAAAGGGGGCUGAGCAACUGUCAAAGCCUAGCACUGAUCACUGAGAAGAGGGCUAGCAGAGAGACAUCACCAGUGUAAUUUCUAGAUUAUUUUUCUCUUCCUAAAACAUGUCUUUUCCUGGCUUGUUCCCAGUUAGAGCAUCCUCAAAUAUCUUCAUAUUACAGGGCAGGGAUGACAAAACUGCCUGGUAUUAACUUUUCUAGAACUCUUGUAUCUGGAAGGAAAGCAAGAUUACUUGAAAUUAGAAGUCUUUCUGAUGAGAUAAAAGGAUGCAAGGUUAUUUUAACAUGCUUGAUCAAUGCUAUUCUUUAGAUGUGUAACCCCUUUAGCAGGGUUCCAUAUGUAAGAAAUAAUUGACGACAGGCCGUUGAAUUGUUAGAAAAAUAAUGCACACCCGAGGUGGUAAUGAGGGCACGACGCGAAGCUGAGUGGCCGUUACACUUUGGGUGUGCGUUAUUUUGUUUUAAUAAUUCAACGGCCUGGAGUCAAUUAUUCCGCUUAUACUACAGUUACCACACCUCAAAACAUUGUUCAGAUGAUGUAUUUCAAGACGUUUGUCAAGUUUUUGUCAUUAAAACGCUCUUGUAUGUAGGACUAAUUUCUUACGCAACUGUAAUGCGGUCAAGACCUGUCUGGAACAACUUUAGCCGUGCGUCUCCCUGAAAAUAAUGCACACCUUAGAACGUUCAUCAACCAAUCAGACUGAAGCAUUCAACGGCCCUGUAGUAUAAGUGAAAUCAUUCACUACCAGACAGGCCUAAAAGUUACACUCCUUCACAAGCUUGGAAGAUCCACGGCAUACGCACCAUUCCUCUACUUGCCAGGGAGGAAGUUUCACUUGCCUGUGGAGAGUGGAACUUUAGGAACAGUGGCAGGUCGAACCUGUCACAUUUAAAAAUGAUUUACCUUAAUCCUUGCAGGGAUCACAUUAACAAUUGUUGAAGAUGUUAUCCUGCUGUCUUUUUCAGAAUACCAAGAAGCUUUCAAAUUCACAAUGCUUACUUUUGAUUUGAAUGUAGUCUUUGUUUAAAGGAGGGAAACAACCAAGUGUUUCUAGGAGAGCCAAAACUUCCAACACACUUUCACUCCUUUCAUAUAGGGACAGGCCCCUGAGAGGCUCGUAUCGGGCUCUGAUGACUUCACCCUGUAUCUGUGGACACCAGCAGAGGAUAAGAAACCUUUACAGAGGAUGACUGGACACCAAGCUUUGAUAAAUGAAGUUCUUUUUUCUCCUGACACACGGAUCAUUGCCAGUGCUUCAUUUGACAAAUCAAUAAAACUUUGGGAUGGGAAGACUGGAAAGUGAGUUGUUCUGUUUAGUUUUGGCUCACAUUACUGUAAUCGCAUACAGUCUGAUGAUUUUCAUUUAUCCCUAAUGAGCUAGCUCUGUUUUAAAGGAGUUUGGAAAUUAUGCCCCUUAGUGGACACUGUAGUCACUAUAACAAUUACAUCUCACUGAAUUUGGUUAUGGUGCCUGGAGUCUCCUGCCACUGUUCCUCCAUUCAAAGCUUAUUCCAUUUUCAAGCAAUUUAAUGAUUGAGGGUCCUUGGCCACACAGAGCCCUGCCUCUACUUGAGGUAUGGCUAGCACCAAGAUGACACACUUCCUUCAAACCAAACCUAUUCAUACCAGCAAUGAUAGGCUGAAAGCAGUCAGCUGACACUCUCUAAGCCAGUCACAGCUGCCUAUUACUGCUCAGGCUAAUGCUUCCUCAUUAAUGUAAGCUGCACAGAGGGGAUGACCCGCAUGGGACUCUUGCUUACUACUUGAAUAUUAAAGGAAUAUUGCCCAUAUCAAUUAUCAUGGGAAUAAUUCCAGCAUGGUGGACCAAUGUCCCAUACAAUUUCUAGGAGUGAAAAAGUGGUCUGGGCACAACUGGAGGCUUUGUUGAUAGGCAGUCUUUUUUUGGAGUGCAAAAUAAAAUACGUUUCCACUCACCUCAGCCUUUGUAUUUUAUUCCGACACUAUAGUCCCUUCAAUGAGAUAAAGCUGUUAGUCAUACAAAAUUAAGCCCUGUGCUUAAGCUCACACUACUCCUGGGUGGCAGCAAUGACUAUAGUACACAUCAGCACCAAUACAUAGAAUAAAACCCAAAACAAAGUGUUACAAAUGCACAUUUCAAAAAAAUUGAGGAUUUUAGUAUCCCUCCAAUGGCCAUUAAAGUGUAAGCUCACCUGCCUGUCAAGGCAACACUAACUCUAACAAUUCUCCUUGCCACUUUGAGUUAAGUCUAAAUGUCUGAGACCGAAAGGAGCCUGUAAUGAAAAUCAUCUGUCUCUCAUUCAUUUGUUAGUAAAUUCUGUAUUUAGAUUUUGUGUGUGAAAGUAAUAUAUAUGUAUUUUAUUUUUUUUCACAUUAGAUACAUUGCAUCUUUACGAGGCCAUGUUGGUGCUGUGUAUCAGAUUGCAUGGUCAGCAGACAGCCGAUUAUUAGUCAGUGGAAGCAGUGACAGCACACUCAAAGUGUGGGAUACAAAGAUCAAAAAGCUUUCUGUGGAUCUCCCGGGACAUGCAGAUGAGGUACACAAUAUUUAGGAUUAGAGCUUUUUUUUUCCUCUAUAUAAACCAGUGUUACUCAACCUUCUCUCAACCAAGGCACACCAAAGCUCUUCCCAGAGUUUCCGCACACCGUAAGUUCCAAUAUUAAAUAUAUUAAAUAUGCCACAGUAAGUUUUUCCCAACCAUUUUGGUCAGUGUGCCCAGAAAUGCAUAUCACAGUCAGUGUGCCCAUUAAUACAUAUACCACAACGUGCUAACACAACAUUCAGCUCCUCUUCUGGGAAUAGCACUGUGAACUCCUUACCUGGCUUAAACGUGCACUCAGAAUACUAUGUGUUCCUGGUGCUAGGUCUAAUCGUUUAACCACCCUGCGUGAAAAUGCACCACAACCUAUUGCUCUCUGGAAUCAUUCUUCUUGCGAGGGUGCGACGGCACACCAGUUUCUGGGCAUUGAUAUACAUUUUUUUUUUUUUUUUUUUAUUUUUUUUAAGAAAACCUGUUAAACCUGCAAUGUUGUAAACUUGAUGGGUCUUGUAUUCUCCUUACUUUAAUCUGGUCAUAAAACAAUGUGUUUUUUGUUUUUUCAUUUUGUCCUAGAUAUUUGCUGUUGACUGGAGCCCGGAUGGACAACGAGUAGCCAGUGGAGGAAAGGACAAGUGUUUGAGGAUGUAGGUACUUUGUUGUGUGUGCAUCUGGGGAGUUCCAAGUGAGAGAGAUUUAGUAGUACUUUUAAAUACUAAAUAUUGCAAUUGUACUUUGUGUCCAGCUUUGGUUGUUAAGUAAAUAAAUAAGUAAUAAUUUAUUAAAUUUUUGUUCAUUUUUUUUAUUUUUCCUGUGGUUUAGAGCACAGGUUCUCUAACUAACUAGAACCCUUAAAUCCUUACUAAAUGAAUCAUUAGGGGCACAUAAAGCUUAGUUUUGGAUUGUUCUUUAUCAUUGAAAGCAAACUGGCGUUUUUAAUUCUAAUGGGAUAUCCAAAUGCAUGCAAUUUCUCCAAAGUUCAUAUACUAUAUAAUUGGCUAAAUUACAAUUUUGGAUGCAUUAUUUGACAUUUCACAUGUUAAUCGGCCUAAAUACAGAUCAUCCAUCUUCAGGCAAUAACGUGUCAUUUGUUUAACCUCACUACAAACGGUCUAUAGUGAUUGAUACAUGUGUUGUUUUUUUGCGACCAUAUUUGCAAGUGUAUGCUUAAUUUCUUAUUGGUUUUACAACUGGUGUACAGUGCAAGAUAGGGAGAGAAAAAAAAAAUCUCUUUUCAUGGGCAGUUUUCAUCUACAGAAAAUGAUUUUGAGGAUGCUCUUUGGGUAUGUUGAACUUUUGAUGUAAAUAAUUUGAAAUAUGUCUGUCCACUGUCCCAACUGCCACAAUUAAGCUUGGCUAAAUUGAGACAUUUGGGACUGUGGACAUUCAAAUGCCACUUUUUAGUCAAGCUUAUACAUGCAUGUAAGGUUAAUCCGUGUGUGUGGAGUGUGUGUGUAUAUGUGUGUGUAUAUAUAUAUAUAUAUAUAUAUAUAUAUAUAUAUAUAUAUAUAUAUAUAUAUAUAUAUAUAUAUAUAUAUAUAAAAAAAUUUUAAAGGCUAAUACAGUAAAGACAUUGAAGUAUAAAGAAACAUAGCUAUAGUCCUAUAAUUGUUAAUGUCUGCUUUAUUGACAUAAUUUUGAUGUGUUAUGCAGAUGGAGGAGAUGA